AGGUUGAUGACCUGACCCAACCCAAACUAAAUAGCAAAGUGCACAAUCCCACCAAAGGGUUUUCCCCCAAGGAACAUCUGACUUUCUCACAUUCCUACCACAUUUCCACACUUUUCUUUAUUACCUUAUUCGCGCAUCACCACCACAACCCAAACUUCAUCAAACCCAUCGCGUAUUUUUUCGCCAUGCCUACUCCAAGCAAGGCCUCUGCCUCCGCCAAGGAGAAAGACCGACGAAAAUCCACCGGCAAAACCUCGAAUCUCAUUACCCUGCGCGUCCCGGCUAUUAGGCUUAAGAAGCUACUCGACCCGGCGUCCGUCAAGGAGGAGUCGCCGGCGAAGGAUUCACCUGCUUCAACUACUCUACCCAGCGAAACCGUCCCUGCCGCGUCAAAUGGCGACAAUGUUUCCGCGUCGAGUCCCGACACACCGGCCGCCGCGGGAACGCCAUCGCAGGUGUCCAUGGGACCUCCGACAGAAGCGCCCAAGAAGAAAGGCGUGAAGAGAAAUGCUGCUACCGCAAAUGGAUCCGACCUGACAGCUAAGAUUAGAGGCAAACCCGGCCCUAAGAAGAAGCCUAGAUUAGAGGACGGGACUAUUGAUCCUAGCGGACGAGCCAAUGGCGGCGCCUAUCAUAAACUCGGUCCCAAGGCAAAUCAAGGUGCUAUCAACGCUGGACUUCGCGCUCUUGAUCGUUCGGGUGCUCCCUGUCGGAAGUGGAACAGAGGAGGCUUUAGGGUCAAAAGCUUUACGGGUGUGGUCUGGGAGAUUCCUCGUUGGACCGCGCCACCUAAACCCCAGCCCCAACCUACUUCCGAUGAAGCCGCUGCCUCUGCCGAGAGCAGCAAUAAAGAAAAUAAGGACGGAAGCCAGUUGAAAAGUGAGAACAGCAACAGCCAUGUCGACGGUGAACAGCCAAGCAUACCACCGAGCAUACCACCAAGCAUCAACGCCAGCUCGCCGGCUCCCACACCUGUCGCUACUACUUCUUAGGUGAUGCUUUACGUCAACAUUCUAUUCUAAUGACGCUACCGGCAGUCAUGUGUAUUUACUAUAGGCUUACGGGGUUGACGAAAAAAAGCAAGGCGUUUAGGACCGUGGCUAUGGUGCAGUCUUACGGAUGACGAGGGGUCAUAUUAUUCGCACUAAUAGGCUGCGAGGCGCUUGCCUCAGGUCCCAAUGCUGUUUCGGUUUAGAGGACAGAUCCAGGUUUGCUUUACUCGGCGUUGAGAGGACGGGGAGGGGAACUGUGCGCUAUGCUUCACGUUUUGGCGUUGUAAAUAUAAAAAUAC